UCCAGUAGGGAGAGAUGAUCUGGUCUGGACUUGCUGAAGAUGCUGGAUGGACACGGAGCCCUGGGAUGGAUACCGGUCACUCUCUUGGUGUUUCUGUGCAGCCUGCCCGCGCUCGCCUCGGCCUACUUCGGGCUGACGGGUGAUAAGCCCCUGUCCAUCCUGCCGCUGAGCGCCCAGCCCGAAGACAGGUCAGUUAAGCUGUGUGACCGGCUGAAACUGGAGAAGAAGCAGCACAGGAUGUGCAGGCGCGACCCCGGCGUGGCCGAGACUCUGAUGGAGGCCAUCAGCAUGAGUGCGCUGGAGUGCCAGUACCAGUUCCGCUUCGAGAGGUGGAACUGCACCCUGGAGCGGCGCUACCGAGCGAACAUCUUAAAGAGAGGAUUUAAAGAGACGGCGUUCCUCUACGCCAUUUCCUCAGCCGGCCUGACCCACGCCAUGGCCAAGGCGUGCAGCGCUGGGCGCAUGGAGCGCUGCACCUGCGACGAGGCUCCGGACCUGGAGAACAGAAAGGCCUGGCAGUGGGGGGGCUGCGGAGAUAACCUCAAAUACAGCAACAAGUUCGUCAAAGACUUCCUGGGCAAGAGGUCCAACAAGGACCUGCGCGCUCGGGUGGAUAUGCACAACAGCAACGUGGGCAUGAAGGUGGUCAAGGCAGGUGUGGAGACGACCUGUAAGUGCCACGGUGUUUCAGGCUCAUGUACGGUGCAGACCUGCUGGAGGCAGCUGGCCCCCUUCCAUGAAAUCGGCAAGCUGCUGAAGCAGCGCUACGAGACGUCGCUGAAAGUGGGCAGCUCCAGCAACGAGGCGACGGGUGAAGGGGAAAUCCCCCAGCCACGUGCCCCCGGACAUCACCAGCUGACCCCCGAACCCCGCCCCACUGACCCCAUCCCUCGGACCACCGACCUGCUACACAUCGAGGACUCGCCCAACUUCUGUCGGGCCAGCAAGUAUUCUGCUGGGACCGCUGCGCGAAAGUGCUACAAGGACAAGAACUGCGAGGCCAUCUGCUGCGGGCGUGGCCACAACACCCAGAGCCGCACGGUCACGCGGCCCUGCCAGUGCCAGGUGCGCUGGUGCUGCUACGUGGAGUGCAAACAGUGCACCCAGAAAGAGGAGGUAUAUACAUGCAAGGGGUAAACAACAACAACAAAAAUAUGUCCACUCUUUUCUCCCGGUAACAACCACCAGACUCACACCGAGGCUGAGGCAGAACGAGGAAGUCUACACCCAGAAAGGGUAAACAAAACCAAUGACAACAACAGCAUGGCCUUUUUCUCAGUAACCACAACCAGAGGUUGGGACAGAAUGAGGACCUGCAACGUGUAAACAAAAACAACACCAACACUAAAGAAUAACCUCCACCUACAGAUGCCCCCAGUAACCAACGGUAACCACAUUAAGGGUCUCGGAGACCCUGAGAAUGCGGCAGGUCUACGUCUUGAAAGAGUAAAUAAAAACAACAAACGGUAUUUAACGAUAGAUGAUGGGAUGGUAACCAUAAUAAGGGUCUCUGGGACUGUGGUAUAGAGAGGGCGGUCUACACCUUCAAGGGUAAAUUCGGGGUUAAAAACAAAGGGGGUACAAAAUGUGAGCUGGUGCUGCUAUAUGGAGUGAAAGCAGUGUAUAAAAAAACCCACCCCACAGCAACCAAGGGUCACUAAGCUGACUCUGAGAUGGGGAUUUAGAGAGAGUGGGUGAGGACAUGGGGGUGUGAGGGGCAUACACACUUUAAUAUUCCCCCAGAACAGGGGUUGCAUUGUACCAGGUCUUUGGAGAUCAGACUAGAAUGCAGGACGCUUUGAGAUGUUCCAUGCACUCUUAAAAAUAAAAGGGCCAAAAUGGGUUCUUUGGAGCAAUGCCACAGAAGAACCACUGUAGGCUCACUAAAGAUCCUUUCAAUAGAGGAUUCUUUGAAAGAACCAGAUGUGCAAGUGUGAAGAACCUUCAUAAAGGUUAAAGAAUCUCAGAGUCUCGAAAAAGGUUUUAUACCAAGUAUAAAAAAAAAAAGUUUAUCCAAGAACCAUAUACCCAAGAAGAGAACCAUUUAGGAACUUUUAUUGUUAAAGGUGUGGAGUUCAAAUAUCCACCACUCUCAAAAGUGUACUGCAGAGAUGAAGCCUCAAGACUCUAGAGAUUCAGCUCCAUUUGGAGAGGAAGCUCCAUCACUCUGACGAUGAAGCUCCCUCACUCUGGAGAUGAAGCUCCGUCACCCUGGAGAUCACUCUGGAGACGAAGCUCCAUUACUUUAUGAUCGAGCUCUGUCACUCUGGAAGUAAAGCUCCAUCAUUCUUGAGAUGGAGCUCCUUCACUUGAGAGAUGAAGCUCCAUCACUUUAUAAUUGAGCUCCAUCAGUCUGGUGAUAAAGCUUCAUAAGGCAUGGAAGCUUUUGCCCAAAUUUAGGAACUUUGUUCAAUCACCAGCACAGGUUCAGUCCCGAACAGCCAGUGUUGUUUUAACCCAUUCACUUCUUUUCAAAGAUCUACUUUUGUAUGUGUAUUGUUUGUGUGAGUAUGACGGAGCUAUUUCUAACGGAGUUCAGAACUAGCGUUUAUAUAUAUAUAUAAAUAUAUAUAUAUAUAUAUAUGACAAAAAAAAACAUG